GGAUUUGGGCCGUAGUUUCUCCAUGUCAGAUACAUUGAUACAGAGGUAAUCGUUAUAAAGUUGAGUAUACCCAAUUUCAUAGAUGGAUUACCAUGUGGCAGACAUACGUGAAAUGUGGUUUAUAUAUAUUAUAAUUAAACUGCCUUAUACUGGGAUUAAGUUGUACAGGAAGCACGAGUCGGUUGUAUUAUAAUUCAUCCCACAAAACCUAUUCAAAAAGAUAGAAAAUAUAUAUACUUGCAGUACCAUGCAUAUAAUGAAAAGAUUGUUUGAAUAAAUAUCGUAAUGGGGAACGUUCAGUAUUUUGAUUGUCGACUGGUACAUUUUGCUAUAACAUAGGAUUUACAUAUUUAUACCAGAGGAGAGAAAAGGUUUAAUCAUAUGGCGAACCACAGUCUGGUUACGUCCAUGUCAGAUAUGGGAUUAGUUAGCAAGUUAAUUGUUUCAGAUGCAUGGGCUGCAUGGUGGAAGAAUUUGUAACCCACCUGCGGUUACGUGAACCACCCUACAGCGGAGAGGGGUCCAUUUUCUUGCACAUAAUUUCCCCUCAUGGUAUUCGAACCGGCGAACCCACGCAGAGUAAUCGGAGGUUAGGUGGCGAGCGUAUUACUAACGUUAAGCACAAUGCGCCACACCUUAAUCCGCCGUUCAAAUGAAUUCCAUCCCGCCCGGUCUUGACCAAAUAACAGCCUACACAGCUUUUAUAAUAUGAAAAUCUUUUUUAAGAUACACAACAAAAUGCCUAUAAAUAAUACAGAAAAAGUUGGAACCAAACCACAAUGUUCAAUAUGUGGAAAGAAAUUUUUGGCAAAGAAAUAUUUGAACUUUCAUAUAAAAACACAUCUUGCGAAAGCAAAAUUUAAAUGCACCGUGUGUAACACUGGAUUCAAGCACAAGUCACUACUUCAGAGUCAUAUGAAAGUACAUGACGAGAAUAAAGAACACAAAUGUGAAAUUUGCGCAAAAGAAUUUCGAUUUCGAAGAAGUUAUGUCAUUCAUAUGAGAAGACACCUUGGACAGAAAACUCAUCAAUGUUCGAUUUGUGCAAAAAGAUUUUUUUCAAAAUCAGAAGUUGACAGGCACAAAGUCGUUCACACGGAAGAAAGAAAAGUUUUAUGUAAAAUAUGCGGUAAAGCAUUUAAAGAUGAAAAGCGUAUGCGGAAACAUACUCUGGUACAUAGAAUGGAACAGUACAAUUGUCCAGUUUGUGACAAAAGCUUUAAUCAAGUGCAAAACAUGAGAGGUCAUCUUAAACUUCAUUCUACCGCAGAAAAAUCACACAAAUGUAACAUCUGUGAUAAAGUAUUUCGCUUCAAAUCUGGCCUGACGACACAUAUCCGAAACCACUUCAAGGAGAGAAAGCACAAAUGUGAAAUUUGCGAUAAAGCAUUUAAAGUCAUUUCUAAUCUAAGAAUACAUAUGAACGUACACUUUAACGUAAAAAACUUUUCUUGUAAAAUAUGCGCAAAGUUGUUCAAAUCGAAGACGUGUCUCGUGUCUCAUAUGGUGGUACAUUCGAACGAAAGGCCACACAAGUGCGAGGAAUGUGGAAUGGCAUUUCGACGAAAAUCUGAGCUACAGACACAUAGUCAAAUUCAUACUAAUGAAAGACCAUUUGAAUGUACUGUUUGCAAAAAAACGUUCAAAAGGAGUGGACAUUUAAAGUCACACUACAUAACUCAUACAGGCGAAAAAAAUUUAAAAUGUGAAGUAUGUGGAAAACAAUUCGGUUACGCAAACAUUUUAAAAAUUCAUAUGCGAAUUCACACUGGAGAAAAGCCUUAUGAAUGCGAUAUUUGCGGAAAAGGAUUUACUUGUAAUGCUGAUAUGAAAAGGCACAAAAGGAACAAAUAUGGAUGUGGACCUAACAAAAUUAUCAAAGAAAAAAAGAAUCCUAAAUGAGACAAUUAUAACAUUUUGUAUAAGACAGAUUUAUUGCGGUGCAAACAUGAAAAAAGGACCUCCGGAAGUAUGUGCACCAAGAUGGAGCACAACCUGAACCCCGACCUGGUACACAUACCAUGUUCAGGUUGUGCGACAUCUUAGUGCGAGAGUGCAAACAAAAAAUAACUGACUAAGCAAUAUUUUUUCUACGCAAUGCUGACAUAUGUCUCUUUUCUGUAGUGAGUUUUGAUGAAAACGUGUUUUUUAUUGUGUGUGAACGCUCAGCCAUCUGCCUGAGUAAUAUAUUCUAUGUUUUCAGUAA